AUCAAAAUCAGCUGUUUAUUCCCUUUACAAUCUUAUUUAUAGGUUAUGUGUGGUUAUGUACGUGUUUAAAAACAUUAUCUAUCUUGAAUCUUAGUAGUUGGUACUUUCUGUAGUGUAUUAUUAAACAGAAUAUCUUUUUCAAUUAUAAUACGGAGUAACCAAAGGGAUGAAUAUUUUUUUGUAAACAGAGUACAUAACACUUGGAAAAUUGGAUGUUGUAAAAAUUACAACACCCGACUGCUCGUGUGAUCGAGAAGGGCGCGGCUACUGUAAGGUUAAAGAACCUGUGGGAGUGGUUCAACAUUGAUUCAACGUUCCUGUUCCAAGCUGCAGUCAGUAAAAUCCAGAUUGCAUUGCUGAUCGCCAAUCUCCUUUGCGGAGCCGUCUUAUAGAAGAAUAGAUAGCUUUUUGUAGGUACAGUAAACCUUGUUUAUUAGAACGACUUGAAUCAUGAGAAGAGAGACCGAUGAUUAUUGGACAGAAAGUGAUGUACAGAAAUUCGCCAAGAACUCUGAAAUCUUUAGUUUUGACAAUGAGGAAGAACGACCUGGGAAUCUCUUCUCAAACACAAGCUCAUCAAAAGUACAUUCCACGUUGAAAGAAGUUAUAGGAACUGGAGGUACAACUUCAGUAUCUGUCUCAGAUGUAAAGAAGAAACAUAUUCCAGAUCUCUCUGAACUGAUGUCAGAUAAAUCAUUGAAUAUAGUGCUGGAGGCUGAUCAGGUUUUUGAUCCAUUAGUGCAAACGAAAGGAAAGAUCCCAAUCGAAGAAGAAGUUAAACUUAUAAGGCGUCAAAUCCAAAAUCGCUGGGAUCCAAUAGAAGAGAAAAGUACAGUUCAAAGAAUGGUAUUAGGUCAACCUUAUUCAUUGGAGCUGUACAGAACAUUAGAUCGCAAAAGGAAUUUACUGAAUUGUGCUAUUGAUGUUGGUGAUGGUUCUGCCAUUUUAGCUGUGACAUUAUUCCUUAUGAGAACUUUGAAGAAGAGCUUAUUCAAUAACAUCCUGGCCAAUAAUCCGAUCGCUGCAAAUCAUUACAUCCAUUACCUUUCAACAAGAAUGCAAAUCAACGAUCUCACUGAUACACUCACAAUGCUAGGAAGGAACAAGGAUGCCUCUAUGAAGCAGUUUGAAAUAACAUGUCAAAUAUCGAAUACCCAAAGACAGUUGAAACGAUUAACAUCUUGUGUUCAAAAUCACUUUACAGGAGACAAAGAUAGAUUUCAUGUUGAAAGGUUCAUCAAGCUAUUAGAAUGGCAACAGACGACUGGAGCUCCCGAGGUGCAAUCAGUGGCUGACUGCCUGCACUAUUUGUGCAAGAACCACUGGUCGAAGGCCAAGAAUGACCCCCACUCGCCAUUCCUAAUCAGCCAACAGUACGGCGUCAAUGAAAAACUCUUCCAAUGGACUGCGCUAGUAGUGCAUGCACAGAUGAAGGCAUGGGGUGAUAUCGACAAUAUAUUCAUGACCAAGCAAUGGCUGGGUGGAUCAAAACUGAAGACUGCUCUACCGAUAGAAUAUGUUGUGAAAAAGUUGUAUAAGCUUGAAGCGCCAAAGGAAACGUUGGUUUCUUAUAUCAGACUCAUAGACAAUAUGGAUCAUAGGCUCAGUAUAGCGAAAUCAAUCCGAUGUGAUAGGGGAAUAUUAGAUACUUAUACUGCAAUGAGAGAUCGGCUUGGAUUGAUCAGCUAUUUAGCCAAUUUGGAUCCAAAGAGUGAAGACUACAAAUAUGCAGAACAAUUGUUAUCUUCAACUCCUACUAAAUGGAAGAACUAAGAUGCACCAUGACAUGACUGACCUGAUUCUGAAAAGGGUCGAUUUGUUUGCAAUAUUUGGAACUGAGAACAUCAAGUAUUGUUUAUGCAACUCUUCAAUGGUUUCCCAACUGCUUUCCCCCUGAGCUGGUUCUCGAAUGGCUGGGAUACGUAACGCACAGCAAAAUAUCAAAGAUGUGGACGCAAGUAUUAAAACAGUGGAUUUGAAAUGCAGGAAAGUAGCACUUUACUAACGAUUGAAUCUUAUUCUAUAGACUACAAGUCACUAGCAAAAUUAUAAUUUGAUCAUUAGUGAAAUUUAUUCCUUAUGCGAAUUUAAAUUGUUCAGUAUUAGACUCUACUGUAAAUACUAUAUUAUCAUAUUCCAAAUAAUGUAUAUUGGACCAACUACUGUUAAUAAAAUUGAAAAAAUU